GUGUCCUAUUGUUGACUGAAUCAGACCAAGCGACGGGAAAGCCAAAGGAAGGACUGCCCGCACUUCUUAACUAACCCCAAAAACUAAACGACGAUUGGGCAUUCCAGUUGCUCUUAUAAAAACAGGCCAGGAAAGUCUAAAUUAGACUUCCGCCAUCGCCAUCUCGCAGAUACUUCUGCUCUCUCCCAAGAACUCUUGGAAGUGAUUCUGUUGGUCGCCGGUCAAAUUCCUAUCGCGAAGAAUGGAGAAGAUGGACUUUCUUCAGCCGUUGGUCGCCGUCUUGAUAUCUUCCGCAGUCGCGAUCAGAGCUUAUCGGAGGAAGUCGCUCAACUUGUCCGGCGGACUCGCUGGAUUCCUCGUCAUGACUCUUCACUUCGCGGUCAAUUACAGGUUCGGAGCGAUUCUGCUGGUCUUCUUCUUCAGUUCUUCGAAGCUCACAAAGGUCGGGGAAGAGAAGAAGAGGCGCAUCGAUGCUGAUUUCAAGGAAGGCGGACAAAGAAAUUGGAUACAAGUGUUCUCCAACAGUGGAAUCGCCUCAGCUUUGGCUCUUACUAUUUGGAAGCUGGCAGGGUCAAAGGAUCAGUGCUUGGACACUGAACAGUCUACUCUCAUCACUGCACUGAUCGGUGGAAUACUAGGUCACUACUGCUGCUGCAAUGGAGAUACCUGGUCGUCCGAGCUUGGGGUACUCAGUGAUGCGCAGCCUCGAUUGAUCACAACAUUCAAGCCUGUUCGGAAGGGUACAAAUGGCGGUGUGACUAAAGAUGGAUUCCUAGCGGCUGCAGCAGCAGGAGGUCUCAUAGGACUUGCAUUCGUGCUCUUGGGAUUCCUCACAACAAGUUGCUCCUUUGAUGUCGCUCUGAAGCAGCUCUUUGUCAUACCACUGUCUGCAGUAGCAGGACUCUGUGGGAGUACAAUCGAUUCUCUACUUGGUGCGACACUGCAGUUCAGUGGAUUCUGCACCGUUCGUCAGAAAGUUGUUGGAAAACCUGGACCGACGGUCAAGAGGAUCUCAGGGAUCAGCAUUCUGGACAACAACGCCGUGAACUUGGUCUCCGUACUUCUGACCACAGUGAUGACUGCCCUUGCCUCGGCAUACAUUUUCUGAGCCAAACAGUAAGCAGUUGUUGCGAUAUCUCGCUUCAGAUUCAAAAAUCUUCAGCAAUUUGCGGCGGGAUCAUGUUGUAGCCGAAUUCUUGGGAGUCCAAUCUCACCAUCAGCAAAAUCUGUUGUGUUGUAGAAGUGCUUUGUACCUGUUAACAUUUUGAAGUGGGUUGCUUGCUUGAACCUUUGUCAACACGAUGGAGGAUUGUUGUAGGAAUAAUUUCCCUCUUUAGUGCUUUGCGGCUUCAUUGACAAGAUUUAUCGUUGGUCGAUGCAGAAAGGCAAUCUAGGAUGCGCAGAACGUAGGCAUUAUUGCAGUGACAAGGAGCAGUUGAAUUUGUUAAAAAAAAAAACAAUAUUUCAUAGGGUUAAUUGCAAGUUUGGUCACUGUGUUUACUAAAAAGGUUCAUAUUUGGUCACUAAAAAUAUUUAAUUCCAUUUAAAAAUCACUAAAAUUAGUGUAACCAUCCAAGUUUAGUCACUUGUUGUCCAAGUUCAUUAACUUUAUCUGAUGUGAAAGUUGACCGUUAAAUAUCUGACACGAUAAUUAAAAAAUAAUUGAAUUAAUAUUUAUAAUUUUCCACCUAAUACUAUUAAAAAAACCUAAUUUCUUCAAAAUCCCUAAUUCAAUUUUCUAAUUCAAUCUUCACUACCACCUCGUCGCAAACAAUGGCAGCCCUAUUCUUGUCUCAUAGCUAAAAUUCGUGAGGGUUAUUGGAGGCGGUGAGGUGUACGUGCUCGGCGGCGGCUUUGGCGUUCGCAAUAGCCACCUCGACGGCGGUGACCAUACCAGUAGCGGUGCCCUAGGCAUGAAGCCGCGGCGUGAAGGAUUUGGAGGUUUGUUGGUGCGAAGAGGAAGAAGGCGAGAGGUUUGCGGCGGGAUCCCAUCAGCUGAACUAGUAGACCCAAUUCGUCACCACCAUCGUCAAUGUUCCUACCAAAAAACCUAGCAGAAAUCAUCCGCUGCCAGUCGCUGUCUUUCUCAGCAUCCUCCUUGAAGAUUCGUCGGCAGCCGGCAACAGGAGAUACUUUCCCAUUUCGCAACCUAGCCCUUAGCCACAAUUUCCUGAUCCAAAACCCACGAAACACACAUAGAUCCCCCUCAUCUCUCGUCACGGUCACGUUUCCGCCAGUCGUAUUCACUUUUCACUACCAGAGAGCUCCAUUCCAGAAUAGAGCAACAAGAGGAAGUGAUUCUUUUUCAUUGCUCUGAAUCGUUAGCUGGGAAAAUGAGGGCGUCGUUGUUACUAUUUGGUGAUUGGUAUUAGGAAAGACCCAUUGGAAGUUGGGGGCUUGAGGUUGUUGGAGAUCUACUUGUGGACUUGUAUUGCAGGGGACUAAUCAUUUACUCAUGGAUGUGUCAUCUCUCCAUUUGAUUUCGAAGCAGGUUUUGAGUGUCGUUGCCGCUGUAGUGAAGGUCAGGUUUUAAUUUGAUCAAAGAAGGGCUCCAACUAUCAUCGUUGCCGCUGCAGUGAAGAAGGUCAGGUAUUAAUUUGAUCAAAGAAGGGCUCCAACUCAUCUCACCUGCCUCCCUGGUUUUGAUAUUUUUUUAAGCUUCUGAUAGUGAUGUGGAAAUUUUAGGAGAUAAAAAUAUUAUUUGUUUAUUAUUUUUUAAUUGACACGUCAUAUAUUAACGGUCAACUAUAAGAGUUGACCGCCACAUUAGAUAAAUUUCAGUGUUAUUAAAGCCGAACCGAGCCGCUCGGCCCGACCGGUAAAACCGCCACUGGGUCACAAAACCGGCUCGGAACAGUCUAAAAGCCGCUCCGGUUUGAUGUAGCGGUUGGCGAGCGGCCGAGGCGGUUAACCGUUCGAGCCGAUCGUCGGGUUUUUGCCAUUCAGCCACUAAAUUUGAUUAAAAAAUUGUAGAAAUUGAAAAUUGAAAUAAACCAAAAACGUCGGGCUCUCAAAUUGAAUCCUUAUUUCCAUUUCACAAUUUCGUAGGAAAGAGAUGAGCUCUGAUUAAGAAAUGUCCACUAUUUAUACUAAUAACGUUUAUUAGAUACUGGUUCUCUAACGGUUUUGAAACGGUCUAAUGCCGGUUGGACCGCUAAAGUGCGAGCCGUUCGCAUUACCGGGUCAUGCUCCGGUUCGGUUCUGACAACAUUGAUAAAAUUAACGGAUUUGGACGGUAAGUGACCAAACUUGGAUGGGUAAAGUAAUUUUAGUGACCAUGAAUGAAAUUAAAUAUUUUUAGUCACCAAACUUGGAUGGGUAAAGUAAUUUUAGUGACCAUGAAUGAAAUUAAAUAUUUUUAGUGACUAAACAUGAACCUUUUUAGUAAAUAUAGUGACCAAACUCGCAAUUAACCCAUAUUUCAUGGGGAUUGCUAUUCGUCACCCUAAAAAUGUUUAUUCGUCGCCCUAAAUAUAUUAAAUUUAUUCUAAUAUUCUUAAUUUAUUUUUUAUUUCAAUCUUAAACUCUAAAACAAUAACAUGUAAUAUAAAAAUAAAAACAAUCACCAUUUACAUCCACUCGUUGGUGUCGGCCACCUCAUCGAAGAAAAAAAAAAAUCCUCUAUUGCUGUAAACUUAAAUUGAAAUUUUAGCAUUCUCAAGGAAAGAAAGUACUGAAAAUAUUUAAACAGGGAGUCGUUGGGAAGAUGAAGCAGAGGAGGAAGCAGCCGAGGAAGGGCCGCCAGAGUUGGAGUAGGACCCACUACCUUGAGGACAAGGUUGUUUCCGAAGAAGGCGGGGAUGUGGGAAACACAUUAUUUGCAGUUUUUGGUUAUUUCGUAUUAUUGUCGGUUUUUGAUAAUUGAGGGAUUAUUUGGGGAAUUCAGGAAAUAAACAGGGAGUCGAUUGUUAAGUUUUAUUAGUUGGGUAGGAGAUAGCGAUUAUGCGGAUUAUAUAAUCUGUAGAAGUGGUAUUAUUUUCAUUAAGCAAUCAAUUACCAAAAACCUAAACCUAAUCUCUCUCUCUCUUCCCUCUCUCCUGCGCCGAUCCUCACCCUCUCUUCUUCUUCCAAAGCUGCGGCAGCAACAGUCUUUCCCUCUCCCUUUUGUUCUCUAUUUCCCAAAUUCCAAUUCCUAGUCAAAUCAAUUCCUAAUUGAUCUAGCUAAAUUCCCCAAUCUCUAAUAUGUUAGAAACCUUGUUUCUAACAAAACAUGAACCUUUUU